AUCCGUGUUUUCUUUACGUCCUGUAUAGCCGACGACAACGGCGUCGAGCACAUCGUCUCAAAUAAGAACAAUACCAAGCGAAACUAGUCAAACAUCUGUCAAGACUAGCGCUACGAUAACUGCUUCCGCAAUUAAUGCGACGGUGAUUUUCUGAGUUUUUUCUGUUCUUUUCUCUUUUGUAUUACCGCAGUUGUCUGUGCUGGUACUGUGAUACCAUCAGGAGUAGGUAGUUGUGCGACAAGGUUGUAUGGUUGUGGAGCACGGACGGAUUAUUUACUAAUGAGAGCAGAUAUGCAACUGUCGGACGCCGUUUGACUUCAUCUUUGGGCUGUGAGUAGGACACAGUAAGAGUACGAAUACCUUGAAAGUGUUCGUGCCCAUGACUCUUGAAGACCCGGUUGUCUGGAAAACCAGUUUUUCAAGGACUCCUGAAUAUAACUAGAACUUCUUUUUAAUGAGAUAUGAUUGGCGCUUAAAUUUGUGAUUAGAAGGAGACGUGUUCCAGCUCUACGUGACCUUUCUUUGGAAAGUUAUAGAAUUUACAAGAAAACCCUUAAAUCAAUUUCUUCUUAUUCCUUCAGCUUUCAGCUGACAAUGAACAGUUAGGGCUUUUCCUGUAAAUUCUAUAACUUUGCAAAGAAAGGCCACGUAGAGCUGGAAGGCGUCUCAUUUUAAUCACAAAUUUACGGGCUACAAUCAUAUUUCAUUAAAAGGAAGUUUUAGGUAUCUUAUAGAGUUCUUGAAAAACUGUUUUUCUGGAAAACGGGGUCUUCAGGAGUCAUGUGCACGAACCUUUUUAAGGUCUUCUUGAUCUUACUGUGUCCUACUCAUAGCCAAAAGGUGAGGCCGUACGGCGUCCGACAGUUGGAUAUGUUCCCUCGUAAGUUCUAGCCUUUUUGGAAGUUUUGUGUUUGUAGGUUGAUAUGAAUUCAACGUGUAGAGAGUUCGUUGCAUCCAUGUAAUAAGCGCGAUGAUGUUGUUUGUCGUUGCGCAUACACUAAAUAUCGAACAAUUGUCGCUUUUGUUUCUAGAAUUCAGGGGCUACUUAUUCUCAUUCUACAUUACUUUGAGUAAUGGGUGUUUUGUUUUCCUCGUCUAUAGCUGAUGACAACGUCGUCGAGCACAUCGUCUGAAAUAGCAACAAUAACAGGUGGAACUAGUCAAACAUCUGUCGAGAUUAGCGCUAUGAUGACUACAUCCACAAUCGGUAGAACGCCGGUGACAACGCCGUCGAGCACAGCGUCUCGAAUAGCAACAAUAACAAGUGGAACUGGUGAAACAUCUCUGAAUACGACAACUGCAUUCACAAUCAGCACAACGAAUUCUACAUUGGCAAUAACCUCAAUGGUGACAGCUGGUACUAGUAUUAUCAAUAGUACGCCCGUGACAACGCCGCCGAGCACAUCGUCUCAAACAAUAACAAGCGGAACUAGUCAAACAUCUGUCAAGACUAGCGCUAGAAUAACUGCAUCCACAAUCAGCGCGACGAGCUAUCCGAUUACUGUUAUGUUCGGUACUUGCCCGUACCGGUUCGAUAGUGCUUUUGAAGUUACGGUCAAUUGUUCUGCUGAGAUGGUGUCAAGCACAAUAGCUAGUUUUACAAAUAGUUCGCUAUCUCAAAAUGUUAGUAAAGUUAUUGUGGUCGACCAGCCACCGAUGUCGAAGCUUAGCCCAUAUUUGUGCAACUUACCUUCGAGACAGAUUGAUCUUAGUGGUCAGCAGUUUGUGGUGCUUGACGAUGAUACAUUUCCUUGCAACAAUAGCUAUUAUAGAACGAUUAAUUUGACAGAUAAUCAGAUAUCGUCGGUCAAUAUCACUUUGCGUGAUUGGGAUGUCAUUGACCUGAGCAGAAAUAGUUUGACAGUGCUUCCGUACACUAUUUUGUUGGAUAGGCCAAUUGUGUUGUCUCGGUUCUCUUUGUCUCAUGUGGUUGUUGUCGGGUACGGAGCAAAAGUAGUGAAUUUAGAAUCUAAUGAACUUCAUGCUAUGGAUUUAUGGGCAUAUGCAUCGGAUAAUAUAACGGUUGAUUUGACAAUGAAUGAUUUUCAUAUAGUGGAUGGUUUCACAGUUGUUAUGAAUAUGCUAAAUCUUCCAUUAAUAGAUGUUCCCGACGAGGAUAGUACUGUACAAUUACCAACAUCUUUGAAAUUCCUAGUUAAUGACACAUUAGCGGAAAACUAUGGAACAUGCAAUCAAACAACGUUGGUCUAUUUAAUAGAAUUUCUGGAAAAACUGCAAAACUCGUCUAAUGUUUCAUUAGAUUGUACAUGUGCUUCAGUAAAUUUGAGAACUCAAUAUCGGAUAUUGUAUGCAGCAAAUAUUACAGACAAAUUUCCGUGUAGCAAUGAAAUGGUGACAGAUUCAUUUUUAGAACUAAAUUGUACAAACAUGACGAACAUGAAUCCUACUGCUAUGUGUAAUUUUACAGCACUAAAGGUCGAUUCUUCCACUGCAUUGUCGACUUUUACGGCGUCAAAUGGACAAUCUAAUUUAGCAAUCAUUUUGGGCUCUGUUUUGGGGUCUGUGGGAUUUUUAAUAUUGAUUAGUACAGUAUGCGCUGUUCUAUAUUGGAAAUUUAAAGAACCAAAGAGUUCUGUCAGUCCGCUUGCCAGGAAUAAGACAGUAGCAGCAGCGCAUAGUUAUGAAAGAGCCCCUGAAUCACGAUUAGAAGAGCGUAUUCAAACAAGAAAUCCACGUAUACUACGUCGACUACCACCAUUACAAACGCAAAUAUCUCAACUAGGUGAAACACUUCAUAAUGUCCACAGUGAACAUCGUGCAACUGCCAACAAUGCCCCUAAUUCUGGAUUGUCUGUACGUGGUAUUUCUGUGGAUAAUAUAUUGUCCAGAAAUGUGGCACGACCUACAACAGAGCAUUUUGUUCCACUCUAUCCACCGUACUCAAAUUCUCCAGCAGUGGCAUCACCAAAUCUUCAACCUACCAAAUCGUCUCCAUCACGAAAAUACAUCAAUCCACAACAACACGUACAGCCAACCGGUUCAUACAAUCAGUUUUCAGAACCAUGA